AUGUCUUUAGAAGACAAUAAAAACUAUGAGUUGUGGGCGUCGGCUGGCGUUCCCAUGACGACUGCACAGUUCACAGUUAACCCAACUGAACCACGGACGGAGCUCCAGAAGAAUGCCAUUGCAGAGGCUCGUCGCAAGGAGCUCAGUGUAUACCAGCGUGCUCUGGACAUGCAAUGGUUGGACAGCCGCAUGGCGGACGGUCGAAUGGGCCGCUGUCUGGCGCUCAUUCAACGGGAAGCUGAGAUGGAAAGACAGUUUCAAGAAAGAACAGACCAUGCAGCCAUUGUAAAUGCCAGAGCUGAAAGAGAAACAAAAUUGGGCACUGAAGUAGCCAAUGUUCGUCGCGAAGAAGUCUGCCAAUUGCUACGGCGACACUACUUGCGAGAAAGAGACCCGAGCCUCAGGGACCUUGCUCGAAAACUCCAAGCCGGAUAUGUCUGCAGAGAUAUACAGCAGCAAAUUAUACAUAAUGAGUACAGAAGGUUACAGGAAAAGGCAGAAGAAAUGCGUGCAAACAAUAUUCUGCUGAAUGCUCUGGCUGAUGACAAAGAAGCAAUGGGUAAGGAGGAGAAAGAGAAGAUGGACCGGACUUCACAAUAUUGUAAGGAGUUACAACAGCAGUUGGUGAACAGACAUCUGCAGAAACAAUGUCAGUAUGAAGACUCCUUGAUUGAGAAGAAGAUGCUUGAGGAUAUUAUACGCACUAUUUCUGAUGAGGAUAAGAAGGAACUGCAACAGAAACGUGCCAUUACUGAGAAGAUGCGACAUGAGAUGAAGACAUUCCUCCAAGCUCGUGAUGCUUGGAAGCAGAAACAGAAGUUGAUGGUCAUCCAGGAGGAAAAGAAUAUUGAGGAGCAAAACAAGAUGGUCACUGAUAGGAGUUCUGCAAUAUUAGCAGCACGGGACGAACGGAUGCGUAAGAAAGAGGAAUUCACUGAAAAAAUGUCUGCAAAAAUAUUGGCCGACGAUGCUAAACGUCAGGACCGUAUGAACACAAUAAAGUUGCUACAAGAACAAGAGUAUUUAGAGAAGAACUUCCAAGACGAUAUAGCGGAGCGGAACAAAGCGGAGAGAGUCCGCCAUGACACGUACACCGCGCUGACCAAGCAGAUCGAGGACCGACGGCGACAGACUAGUGACGGGAAGCAACGGGAGGCUGAGUAUAGGAAGCAGGUUGAAGCGAAGAUCGCGGCAGACUUGGCGAAGGAACGUGAGAAUCUGCAGAAGAAGAAAGAGAAAGGCAAGCUCUACUCGCAGGAGCUGUUAAAGCAGAUUGAAGCUAACGCUAUAAAGAAGAAACGAGAUACUGAGAUGGAGGAACAACGAGCUGUUUAUGUCAAGGAGUAUGAUAAAAAGUGGCAUGAGGAAGUAGCAAAGGAACGAGAGAAGAUGAUAGCGGAGCACGUCCCCGGCCUCCUCGGGUACGUGACGGCGGGCGCGCUGCGACACUCGGAUCUACCCGCGCUGCGGGCCGGCGCGCGGGGACAGCCGCACCUCGCGCAUCUAGACAUCGACCACAUGGCCACCGCCAAGCGGCCACACCGCUUCGAUUAUGUCACUAUCAUCAGGCAGAAGACAUCCCAUCUAUUGCUGGACAAUAGCAUCCCUCGUUGCUAUUGGUCGCUUGACGCCCCUCCUCCCAUGGUGUUUAACAUCUAG